AUGUUCGGAGGACAAAUAUCACCAAAUUCACAUUUUUUUCCCAUUUUAUUUCUACUCCAUAUAUUUGAUAUUGAUGACUGUCUAGAGUAUGUAAUGGGAUCUGUAGCUCGAAAAUGUAUCCACAAAUACCAUGAUCUUGGGGAAAAAUUAGGCGGUCCUGAUAUAAACCUAAAUUCAACAUGGACAGAAUAUAUUAAUAAAGGAUAUUUAAUAAAACCUUCAACAAAGUUAAUUGAAGCAGCAAAAAUCUUAGAGACCAUAUUUAAAGAUUUUCAUACUUGUAAUAGUUUAAAUAAAUCACCAGGUGUAAUGAAAACUGUUGCUGAUGAACUUGAAAAAAGAAUAAAAAACAAAAUAAACAUUCAAUAUGAAGUGUUACACUGCUUGGUGAGAACAAGGACAUUUAUCAGAUUGAAUAAACUAAAUAACGAAUUGUCUAAUACAGUUAUUAAAACAAAACGAAGCAAAAUAAAGAAAUUUACCUCGUAA